CGCUCUCCGGUUGGUGUAGUUUAUUUAACAUCCGUGAUCGUGCGCUAGGUGUUGUAUAUGUCAGCAUUGAUAAUGUUUGCACAUGUGAUGAUACAUAUUAAUUGUUGUAGGAAAUGGCGGACGAUGAGUUAACUGAUAUGAUGUAUGACAUGGAGUUUGGAGAACUGAUGAAAGACUAGAUAGAAGAUUGGUCAGAUGAUGAAAAUUCAGAUCGUGGAGAUAGGUCAGAGAAUGGGAACGUAUUGGAAGAUCUUAAUGAAAACAAUGAGCAUGAUGAUGGUGAGGAAAACAACUCGGAGAUCUCGAAUGAAGAUUACGGAAGUGGAAUUUUUUGUUGGCAUGCAUGCAAAUUGAAUUAAUCCUGGAAUAUUAUAUGAUAAGUACUUAUGUAUUUGUGUUAUAUUUUUCAGCUCAUUUCCGAAUGUCAUAAUGCGUACGACUAUUACGGUGAAUCCGACGCGGAGACAGGCCUUGAUGUCGAAUCAUUAGCUGCAUCUGAUUCUGGGGAGUCGCAAUCGUCGGUCAUCAUGAGUGAGGUGACAGAAGUUGAGGGUAAAAAGAAUGUCCAAGAUACUGCUAGUGCAGAUGAUAAGAGGGAUAUGUUCAUGCAGAUAAUACAAAUGACUUUUACGUCUCACGAGGCUGCGUAUGAUUUCUACAACAGCUAUGCUAGAGAUAAUGGUUUCAGCAUUAGAAAGAAUAGGGUCAGGUAUAGCAAAACCGAGUCACGUCAUAUGCGUUAUAGGCGGUUUGUUUGUUCCAGACAAGGAAAACGUGAUAGCAGGUUGCUAACCGAGGAAGGACACAGCCGUAGGCUCAGACCCGAGACACGCUGCCACUGCGAAGCGCACCUGACCGUGAAGCUUGACCAAAAGCGUGGGGUUUGGUAUGUUGAUAGUUUUGAGGACAAGCAUAGCCAUAUCUUGGCAGGACCGGACGAGGUACCUUUUCUUUGGUCCCACAGAAAAAUCAAAGAGUACCAGAAGCAUGAGAUAAUGUCCAUGGGAGCUGCAGGGAUUAGAAUUCACGACAUGAUGGAUUGCUUCAUCAGCAAACAUGUAUGGUACGGCGGUGUUGGUUUUACCAGGCGUGAAAUAUACAACCUUUGCGCCAGGGAGAAGAGGAAGCUGCUUUCAAAAGGUGAUGCUGCCACAGUCAUAGGCAUCAUGGUCAGUAGGAAACAGAGGGAUCCUAGCUUCUUUUUCGAGUACAAGCUAGACAAGGAAGGACAUAUGAAUAGGAUGUUCUGGUGUGACUCCCAGUCUCGUCAUGACUAUGAGGACUUCGGCGACGUGCUUGUAUUUGACAGCACGUACAAGAUGAACCGGUAUGGUAUGCCAUUCAUACCCUUUGUUGGUCUUAACAAUCACCGGAAGACCACUGUUUUUGCUUGUGCCAUAGUUUCGGACGAGACCGAAGAGACAUAUGUGUGGCUGCUGGAGACUUUUUUGAGGUCCAUGUGUCAAAAGAUGCCUAUGAGUGUUAUCACGGAUGCCGACGCUGCGAUGAUCAAGGCAAUUCGCCAAGUCUUGCCAGACGUGUGGCACCGUAUAUGUACGUGGCAUAUAGAAAAAAAAUAUGAAUAUUCACCUCAGUCACAAGUUCUUGAAGGAGUUCCGAACUCUUCUGUACUACAGCACGUUCACGGCCACGUUUGA